GCCAAUCCUGAAUGUUAGGAGUCUCUAAUGUAGUUUUUGUAACAUUAUAAAAUAAUCUUGUACAUGAUUUAGUUUGACAAUGGCUCUUCUCUCUCCUGUUGUCACCAGGUAAUGGAAGGGACUCCUCCUCUAGAAAGUAGAUCAUCUUUUCUCCUCCUCUGGCACCAUCCUAAUGAAACAUUUUCUGCUGCUUUUAUCUUGAGGUGGGAAAGAGCUUCUCUGUAGAAAAAUAGCAGCUUCCCUUUUCCUGCUUCCUGACAAACUUAGUUGCCUCAUUACUGGCUAGACAAGAUCCUCAAUCCUACUCAAGUUUCUGUCUGCUUAUUUAAAGGAUUAAAAUAAUGCAAAGAGAUUACUUCUCUGAACAUCUCACAGUCUUCAACUUACUCCUUCGGUCCACUCUUGCAAGGUAGGUUUAAUGUAACCCAUUUAACACACUGGAGAUGGACACACCAAGAGUCCAAGACAAAGGUCAACAGUAUGUGUGGUAGAGCUGCUGGAUUAGUGCUGCCUGCUCACCCUUCCUCCAAUUCUGUUCUGGUCCUUUACAGUUUCAGCAAAUAGACUAGUCAUUCACAAAUGCCUUUAGCCCAAAUGAACCAUGCAAGCUUGGGUGGGCCGCUUACUUCAUGCACUGGAGGGAUGUUUGGGAUUCAAGCAAUGAACUCUCAGGCAGAGAAUCUUGCUGUUUCCCACUGCCUGCUAUGUUCUAAGUGUCAUCCAAAUCCCACCCUCCUCAGAUUACACCUUUGUGAAACUGAAAUAAGAACAUUUUCUGGGUCUUACUAGUAGCAAGGCAGAAAGUUAUUGUUGUUUGAGAAUUGCUUGGCUAUUAGGCUGGCAAGUGGAAAACACAGAGUAAGUAAUUCCUCUUUCGCAGCUCACCCUUUCCUUCUGCUUCACAGUGGUUUUGAAAUUGUCAUCUUUGCUCUUUGUGUAGGAAAGAUUUCACCAUGGUAGAAAAGAAGCCAGCCAUUCUUUUACAUCAGCAGCAAUACUCCCACUAUGUUUUACCUAGAACAUAAAAAGCAGCAUCUUAUAAAUAGGGAUUAUAAAAUAAACAUCUCUUUCUCGGAGAUAGGCUGUUUUACCAUAAAUAAAUGUCACAGUCAUUGUAGGGGUAUUCAGAAACCAGUAUACGUCUUUCUAAUUGGAAUUCCAGCUUUAUGUAUCACCAUUCUAUUCUGCUGUCUUGUAAAUUAAUGUCUUCGUGCCUGUGUGUUAAAGAGAUGUAACUAUAUUUGGCCUCAGACAUUAAUAACAGCAAUUCUUUUUGCUAAGUUUUAAUAAAUAUCACUGUUGCAGUAUUGCAGAAGAUGAAAGCUCAGGCUAACAAACUCCAGGAUAUUUGGGCCCAGAUUUAUCUUCUAAUAAGGUCAGUGGAAAGAUUCUGAUUGACCUUGUUUGGUGUUGAUUACUGUAAAAUGAGAAUAGCUUGUUUUGACAAGGGCAAAGGCUGAUCUUAAAACCAGCAGCCCAAUCUUUUCUUCAAGGCACUGGGAGUCUGUAGCCAUACUUUUUGUUAUGCAGCAAGCCUACACAAAAUAAAAAAGACACUUCCCAGUAGAAAAACUGGCAGACCACCAAAAGAAAGGGAUCAAAGUGAAUAAAAAGAUGUGACAGAAGGAAUGCAGCUAGGAAGGAUUCUCAGAUGCCCCAACCUUAAUUUCCUGUCUCUGGGGAGAUUUCUUCUCACGUGCCUAAAAACAGCUUCCAAAGAAGGACCAGUGCUGAACUCAUACCAAAGGCAAGAGGUCAUUGAUCUGGACAAAUCCUUUAGCUGUUCAGUGGCACUGAGGUUUCUGUACAGACCCAUUCUUGCUGAAGGUCCCCAUCCUACUUCUCUGUCUACAGACUUCCAAACAUUCUGCGUGUGCUAAAAGGCUCAGAGACACCUUCAUAAUGCAUUUUACUGGAAGCCUUUAAGAGUACUGUCAAAGGCUGGUUUAUGGAAAAUAAAAUCAGAGCUAUUUUGAAUCAUCAGAGCAGAAAUACUGACACAAAUGUAUGUGUAGGUAGGACUGUUCUCCAUCCAGAGCCUGGAGUUUGGUGAGUGGAAGUAAAGCUUAAUCUUUCCUGCUUUGUCUGGAACUGAAUUGCACCUUUGAAGGUAAUAGUCAUCCCUGAUACGGAGUCUGCUACCUUAGCCAGCCCAUCAGGCCCAUCACGUAGAGAACCUGGAAGAAAAGGUUUUGGAAGCAGACAUUUUACCUUUCUGUUCUGCUACAACCAGCAAGGGUUAGCAUGGCUUGUUCUGUCUCACUCUUCAUUUGUUCUGGGUAAGAAACACAUUUCCUCCUGUUUUAAAAUUUGCAGCUCUGUAUUUGGGGGUUGUUUUCCUUUACCAAAACCUUGGCUUCUUUGAUUUAACUGACUACUGGCUGAAAUAAAUCAAUGUCUAACCUCCUCCUGAAAAGUCCAUAAACAGCUGAUAGCAAGAAGCUGGAAGGAUGUGCUGGGGCCUGAAGCACCCUGUGUGACUUGUUUCUUGUAUUCUUCUUAGUCAUUUUUUAUUGGUCCAUGUCAAAGAUGGAACAUAGAUGGAUUUUGAUCUACCUGAUGCUUGUGUUUUAUGACAAUAUUGGAGAAGAAGGGAAAAGUUGAGCCUGUUGGGUGAAGGUCCAGCAUAGCAGCGUCACUGUAGCACGUUUCAAGUUGUAUUUGUCUAUUCACCAGGGUAACAGUAAGCAGGAAGGAUGUUCAUUCAGGAGACCUUUCAACAGUGAGAAGAGGGGAAUGCUCUUUUGCUGCCGUGCAGGGAAACAACAGCAUUUCUCGCAUUAAUCCAGCUACUGAGUUCCAUGUUUUGAGGAAGACACCACAGCUGGCAGUGACUCUUACUCUUCAAGGAUGACAUACAUGAACAGGAAACAGUGUGCAUUCAAGUCAAUUGCAAAACUCCCAAUGAUAAAGGAGGAGCCAGACACAGUGCAAAUGUUCAACUCCAACCUUCAUCUGCCCAGAAGUCCCUCCAUUUGGCUGAAUCUCCAUGCAGUUUCAGAAAAACGGGGGAGCAGCCAAGGGUCAUGUGGCUCUGGGCCCUGCUGUGCCAGCAGCAGCAGCAUGUCCCGGGGGACGUUUUGAAGAGUGGGACAGCAACAGCUCGGGACCCCUCGCCGUGCCUCCAGCCAUCCGCAGCCAGACCACGGUACCACUCUCGACGGCUUGGUUUUGCACCGACAUCAAGAGGGCUCUGGAGAACAGCCCCGAGACCAACAUCGAGGAUGAGCUCCCCGACGGACCGCCGCAGCCGCGGCCCAAGAACUACCUGCUCCUCAGCAUCCUCGCUUGUUUCUGCCCCGCCUAUCCUGUCAACAUCGUAGCCUUCGUUUUUGCCGUCAUGGCUUUAAACAGUUAUAAUCAAGGAGAUAUAGAAGGGUCAAAAAGACUGGGUCGCAAUGCACUCUGGGUUGCUGUUGCAUCCAUUAUCAUUGGCCUUGUCAUCAUUGGAAUCUACUGUGUAGUUCAUUUCACAACGCAUGCUAUCUGAAGACCAGGACUGCACUUGGAGUAUAUCACCAUGUAAAUCUCAGGAGGGGAAAAGUAAGAAGAAGAGAAGGAACCCCUUCUUUCCAGACUGUUAGAUUUGACCCUACAAGUCUGCAGAGGCAUGUUGCUGGUGGAUGAAAUGAUAGCCCAGUUAGUUAAUCAGCAUGGCGUGACCAGGUUUUCAAAAUUAUUUAUUUAUAAUGAAUCUUGGUAUAAAGCAGCAUUUUCUCUUUUACCCUAAUAUAUAAUGUGAUUUGCCCUAACAACUCCUUUUUUUUUUUUUUUUUUUCAUUUACAUGGAAUAAUGUAUGCUGGGUCCAUGAUGUUCCCUGGCUGAGCCUACCCAAAGCCAACUUAUCCAGACUGUUUGUAGUGUGCAAUGUAAGAUCUGAUGCACAGCCCACUGAAGCCAGUAGAAAUCAUGUCACUUCCAGUGGGUUUUGGAUCAGGCCAUUAAGGAUUUUUUUAUUCCUGUAAAAUAGUCUCAAUAUAGCAUAAUCAUAACAAUGGGUUUGUGAUUUUAUCCUGUUAUGUGGUUUUAUAAUGCUGUGGGUGUACUCUGACUCAGUGGCUGCUUUCUUCUGUCACCCUCAGCUUUUAGGUCUUUCCAUUGGACUUUUCACCGUCUGGGACCGAUUUCAAUCACCUAAUUAUUAGAAGACUCUUUUGUUCCAUAGCAUCCAUAUUUUUAUUAAUGAUUUCUUCUUGUUUUGUUGUCUUUCAUUGUUGAACUCCCUUGACUUAGCUCCAGUCCUGCAUUAGAGUUGCAUUGGUCAUAUUUUCCUCUUUAAACUUCGUGUAAGAAGUUUCUCUUUUUUUAAUCUCACAAAUGAUCUUUUUAAACAGAUGUUCUUCUUCAUCUCUUUGUUAUUGUUCCUGUAGCAAGUCAUAUACUUUCAUUGUGUUCUGCUUUGUUCAUGUCUUUUUUUGUUUAGUUCAUCCUCUCGUCUUGCUAUGAAUAGUCUAUAUAUCAAUGCAGUUAGACGUGGACAGACUUUUCUAUGCUUACUGACAUUAUGUAGACUCUUGCUGAUCCUGAGUUAUUUCUCAGUGAACAGCCUUAGAUUACAGAAUUGAUGGCCUCUAAAUUACAGCAGUUUCUUGACACUUUAUGAAAAUUUAGCAUGGGACAACUGUUUUUUAUUAGCUGAAAAUUGUUUGUACGUUUGUUUUGUAACACCAAUAUUCCAUUUUCAAAGGAGUAAACUCUGAGCAUUAACACAGAUGACUACAUCCUCAGUGGCAGUUGUUCCAUUUGCUUUAAUUGUUACUACAUCUUCAAGCAAGCUAUGCCAACUUACACUUACUCUCCUUGCACUAAUGUAGAUCUGGAUCGAGUGGAUCUGGAUCCAGAAAUGCAUGGGCAUUUUACAGGUGCAUGUGAGCAAUGCAUCAUGCCUGGCAGAAGUACACCUAUUGCCAAAAAAAAAAAAAAAAAUCUCCCAGAAAUCUGUACCUGUUAAAGCAUAUGCCUGGAAGUAGCAUGUAUUUUCUGUGCCUUGGUAUUAUACUUUUAAUGUGCUUUUUCACUUUUCUUUCUGCCAGAUUCUGUUUUUCAUUGAAGUCAGUGAUGCACAGCCUAUCCUUAAUUACUCCAGUAUAAAACUUCACUCACAUCAGUGAAAUCAGUUGAUUUCUUCAGCAUUUACACUGAUCUAAUUAGUCAAUGUGAGAAUCUUGCCACUGAUUUUGAGGAUCCCAAGAAUUGGCUGUCCUGUGAACUUCUCUGUUUUUUGAAUACUAUUUCAACAGUCUGAUAUGUCUUGUGGGACUUUUAGUAGCUUGCCUUAUUAUCAAAUAUGAUAGAACUGUCAUUGAGAAGUGGAAUAAAAUUACUUUUAAUUCACGUCCAUUCUGGUAUGUGGGAAGUUCUUUCCUAACUUUUGUUGCCUCUCCUAUCUUAAAGAGUAAUUUCCCUGUCUCAAACCUAUCGGACAAUUUCAGAAUGAAAUCAGUGACAACAAAAACAGGACCUCUGACCUACGUGAUACUGUUCAACCAGCCUGUACUGCAGCUAAUACAUGCAGAAGUUUUAGAGAUAAGGUAGAACUCAAAAUAUCAGCAGGACAGGCUCCUUGCUUCAUUUUCAAAAUAUCAUCCAGAGAAAGAGUCUUGAGGCCUUUUCAAAGUGGACAUUCAGUGGUUUCUUUAGGGCUUUGGUCAAAUGAGUUCACUAAAGGAGGUCAUGCAACAGGUAACAGAGGUCAGAGGCCCACUACCUUGCAUUGCUGGCAUCAAAGCAAACACCCCUGCAUUGCUGUAGUAAAACUUUUGUACAUCAGCAUACUAAAAAUCAAAGCGUGCAUAAAAAGUUUCAGCUUUAAACAUUAAAUUCCUGCACUGUAAACUAAACCAACACUAGAGGGGUGAUGGGGAGAAAGAAUUUCAAAGUUAUUUGAGCAUUAGAGGGUAGGGAUACGUGACUUGAAGUAUUUUUUCAAAGUUCCUAACAAGAAUUUAGAUCAAUAGGAGUUAGACAGCUGCCUUGUUCAGAUGCUUUUGAAAACCAUACCAGAAAUCUAACUUGCAUCUUGGUGCUCAUAAAUAUCUUUGAAGUCUCACUCUUAAUAGAAGUGAGAAUUGAGCCAUUGUAUCUUCAGUACUUCUGAAAGGAAAUGUUGCUACCUUACAGUGCUAUUGAUUGGUAUAAAAAUAAAAGCUUUAUAUUAAACCACUUAAUGUGACAGAUAGGGGAAAAUAUAGUGAUUCCUCUAAUGUCCUUUAGUGCGUCUAUGCCAUAGGAAAUCUUAUUUUUGCUUUACUAAUGUAUUGGUGUCAGUUCUCUUCAUUUAUUUAUGCUUCUAUACAUUUUCAACCGUGUUUGAGAAAUGCAGUCGAACACAGGUCCUUCUCCAGCUUCACCUCACUUGUGCUGGAAACAAAUGUGGUCCUUGUACAACCAAAUCAUUCUGUGAUAGACCCAAAGUGAGGUAUCCAAUGUUUCGAUAAAGAAAGAAGAGCAAAUGACAUUUUACUGCCCAAAUCAGCAAGACCCCUGGGUGACAGCAGUAGUUAUGGAAGGCAAAAUGCAGUUGUCCAGCUGAGGAAUUAGUGCCUGCUUUAUACUUUGAGGGCCAUACAAAAAAAAUCAGUAUCUAUGAUAGGCACUGGAAAUUACUUUUCCUUCAUCAUCAUCCCUCUAGGUUUGGAUUUGACCCAUUACCAUUAUACAUUGCACCUGCCAAGGUUGAUGAAGAAAAAAAAAAAAAGAGCUCUCAUGUAUGCUCUGAAUUAUGCUAAUUCAUGAAAUAGAGGGGGAAAAAAACAGUAAAAUGUAUUUCAACUCCAUGUCUGUGCCCUGGGGAAAAGAACAGAGUCUUCCUUUCACAAAUCUGCUCCAGGCUUCCAUUUUUUUCUGCAGUCUUCCUGCAUGCUGAAGGCACGACUAAAGUCUGAAGUCCAGCUCUCUUUUCUUUCCUGCAUGUAUUACAGGCAGAGACAGAUGGAAACUUGAAAUUGCUGGCCUCAGCUUCUGGAUCAGAUUAGCAUCUUUCGCUUCUUACAGGGCAGCUGCAUUCUGCAAAACAGCAGUGUGUAUGUAUCUUGAUAUGUAACCCUAGAACAGGGCUUCUAAAUAUAAGAGGAGUUUCUUUGCUGCUGUAUGAAGGGGGCCAGCCAGCUAGCAUGUGGUGUAUGUUUCAUCAGAUUGCACAGCAAAAAAAAAAAAAAAAAAAAAUCACAUCAAGAGGAGAAUAUGAAACUCUUUGGGUGCCUCCCUGCAAGCACAACCAGGAGUCCACAUCUUCUGACUUGAAGAUCAGCGCUGGCUCCUCAAUUUAUGUGGUUGUAGCUACAAUUCAUGAACACUGUGCCUCAGGUGUCCAGAAGCUGUUGCCUCUGUACCCAUAUCUAUGGAUAUGUGCUCACCGUAUGAACCGUGUUCUGCCUCUCAGCCUGGAGACAGGUUGUAUCUGACUGCUACCACAGUGUCUGUCACUCUCAAAAUCAGCCCAGAUACCUCUGCUGGGACAGUGUGUGCACAUCUCUCUGUAGGCUCAUUUCCCUAUCUGGACACUGUCUUUGUCUGUCAGUUAUUUAAGAUGGAUUUUAUUCCUGAUUUGCAUCAGUAGGGAAAAGACUGUGUCAUUUUCCAAGUUAUUUUGUAUUUUGUGUGCACUGUGUAUGCAUAUAUAAACAAGAGGAUACAUUUGAAGUACUAGGUUUCACAAAGUAAGUGAGAUUUAAAUACAAAAAAAGUCACUGGGCUGAUUUGGGGCCAACGUGAUGCCACAUCCUGGUAACCUGACUAUUCAAGGCUAUUCAGGGGCCUUUAGAGAAUGUUGUUUCAUGGAGGGAAGGGUCCAUAUCACCAAACCUUCACUCCUGAUGAUGGGGUAACUAAGAGGAAGCUGAAUAGAUGUGGGGCCUGCACUGCCUUUGGAGAAGAUACCUCCAGGCAAAGUCACAUGGGGAAGGGCAGUGCAGGACAGUCUGUGUGGCGUCUGCCUAACCUACAGCUCUUCUGAGACUGAGCCCUGAGUCUUUCAUAGGCAGUACCUUCAGGCUGAAACACUAUUUGAAAGUUGGCUUUCUGUUACUAUCUUCCCAUCUCCUACCUCAUUUGUAACUAGUAGGUCUCUGAAGGUGUGCAUUGCUGUGUUGGAGUAGAGGAGUUGCGAUGGGAUGCAGUGGUCUGUCUACGAGUGAUUUUUUUAUGUGCACUCAUGGUUUUCCGUUUCCCAAGCACAACGGCAUGUUCUGCACGCACAGCAACGGCAUGCACUGCUGAAAUGUGAGUGAGCCUUUAAGGAGGGCGCCCAACUUCCUCUGCAUCACUCCCUGGCAACCUGGCAAAAUGGGCUAAAUUCAGAAGUGACCUAAAUGGAGGAGGGCGGUAGGAGAUGGAUCACUCAGCCACUAUAAAGGUGUAAGAACAAACUUGGGAGCCCAGGGAAAUACAGAAGUUUUGAUGGAAGAAUGUGAACCCGUUCCCCAUCUGGCAGUAACGAAAGGAAGGUUAAGACAGGUUGCAUCGACUGG